AUGUACGCCACGACCGUGUUCGCCAUCUUGUCGCUGGCACUCUCUGUCAGUGCAGAGCCAAAACCCGUGCUCGCUACUGGCUCCAGCGGGCCCGUCACACUGCCACUCUACCACGCCUCUGGCCGACCAGACCCAAAUGCCGGGUCUCGUGCUGGCUGGUGGCUCCGACGCAAGAGCCUCCUCACCCGCCGAAAGUAUGCUCGUCACCUCGACGCGACCGCCCACGCCCACCUCAAGCGCGACAUUGUCGACUUUGAGCGUGGCCUCGCCGGUCAAGAAGUGAUCACAACUUGGGAGCGCGAUACAAUGUACUCUGCCAAGCUCGAAGUGGGAACCCCAGCACAGACGUUUGAGCUGCAGCUCGACACUGGUUCCAGUGACAUGUACCUGUACUCGAGCGCAUGCGCCAACUGCCCUGGUGGACCCAAGUUUGAUUACACCAAAUCGAGCACAUACCACGCUGGUGACCCCUCCGACGAGCUCCAGUAUGGUAUCGGAUACGCAAAGGGCAUUUGGGCCAACGACACGGUGUCUAUCGCUGGAGCCACAGUCUUUGAGCAGACUUUCCAAGCAACCAACGACACGGAUGACAGCUAUGCCAACACGACCAUUUCCGGUCUGAUCGGCUUGGCAUGGCCCGCUUUGGCAUCAGUCGCCAUGCCGCUCUGGAUCAACUUGAUGGACCAGUGGGACGACAAGCGCUUUGCGUUUGCCCUUGCUCGCGUCAGCCUGACGGACGGCACCAACCCUUGGGAGGAUGGAGCUGCCCCCGGAGGUGUUGUUACCCUUGGAGAGGAGAGUGCCGAGGUCAUGGCUGGCGUCGACGACAGCCUGUACACUGGCGAGAUUAUCUACCACAACCUGACCGGUAACGACUACUGGCGCGUGGACAUGGAGUCGGUGAACAUCAACGGCCAGGUCCUGAGCACUGGCAAAAACCUCAGCGCCAUCAUUGACACUGGCUCGACUCUCCUCACCGGCCCGACCGAGCAGGUCAAGGCGUUUUACUCGCACAUCCCCGGAUCGUCCCCUACUUCUUACGAGGGCACCGAUGGGUUCUACCAGUUCCCGUGCGCCAACGCCGACCAGCUCGACGUGCAGCUCACCUUCAACGGUGUCUCGUACCCGAUCGACUAUUACGACAUGAUCUUCAGGCCCGUCACCAACGGCACGCCCGAUAUCGAGGACGGCAUGUGCUUUGGCGCCAUGUUUGGGUACGACUUUGACAAUAUCAACUGGAUCAUCGGCGACACGUUCCUCAAGAAUGUCGUCUCGGUCUUCCAGUACGACCCGCCCGCUGUCGGCUUUGCCACACCAGUCACCCACAGGGCUGGGUGGUACGGCGCUAACAAGAAGGAUGCUGGCCGCAAGACCCAGAAGGGUCCUCACCGCCAGGACAACCACUGGUAG